AUGAUUGAAAACACACUUGAACUGUCAUUUUUUUGCGAGCUUCACACUGCAGCUGUGUUGGGGACAGGGGCUAGGGUUAGGGGGCCUAAGGGGGUUAAAGGAGCUUCUAGGUUGAGUGUAGGGUCUUGGAGUAUUGGGACUUUAUCGGGGAAGUCCAUAAAGUUAGUUAACAUUUUUAGGAAGAGGAGGAUUAAUAUUGCUUGCGUGCAAGAGACUAAAUGGGUAGGACCUAAAGCUAAUGAUGUGGACGGGUAUAAGCUUUGGUUCUCGGGUAAGUCGAGGUAUAGGAAUGGGAUAGGAAUUUUAGUAGAUAGUGAGCUGAGAGAUCAGGUGGUAGAGUGCUUACGCGCCGCAAGCGGGAUUGGUCGAGGAAGAAAAAAGGCGUUUUUGGGAGACUUGGAUGAAGCGGUGGGAAGUUUACCGCCUUUUGAGAAGGUAUUCAUAGGAGGAGAUUUCAAUAGGCACAUUGGGUCUGUUUCGAGGGGUUAUAACGAUGUGCAUGGGGGGUUUAGCUUCGGGGACAGGAACGGAAGAGGAAUUUCACUCCUAGAUUUUGCAAAGGCUUUUGGAUUGGUGGUAGCUAACUCGACUUUUCCAAAGACGGAGGAGUACUUAGUAACUUUUCUUAGCUCUGUGGCUGUGACGUAG